AUGCGCCUCGCCGCACUCACUCGCUGGACCCUCGGGGCUCUGCUGGCGGGCGCUGCCCUCGCACAGGACAACAGCACCAACAGCGCCUCGGCGUCCUCGCAGGCUGCGUCUAGCGGAGCCUCAGGCUCAGCUUCGGCGUCUACCUCGGCGCUCGCCUCCAACGUCGUGGUGACGACCAUUACGUCCCUCAGUGCCGGACCAAGCACCACCUCCACAGCGACGUUUGUCCUCACGCUCACGCUCGCCAACAAUGCCACGGCAACAGCCAGCACCACCGCAAACACUACUACCGUGAGCCCGAACGGGGCCGUCACCACCAACGGAACCGAGACAAACGGCACGGCAGGCACAAACAGCACUGUGGGCGGCAACACGACGGUGGUGUGGAACGACACCAUGUCGUACCUGCCCUUUUCGCCCAAGCUGGACGCUGCAUACGGUGUCGGCGGCGCACUGCUCAUCAUCACCGGCAUCCCGGUGGCCACGCUCGGGGGCCGCAACCGGUGGUCUGCGCUCGCGAUUGUGUCCGGGUACAGUUUUGGCCUGUUCUGUAUGGUUUGCAUCCUGUCGUUUGGAGUGACUCCCGCCCUCUCACCGCCAUCGCCCGUGGCACCGUCCAACGCACUGCGCGGCCUGUACCUCCUCGCAACCGCGAUUGCGACGCUCAUCGGUGCGGCGCUUGGAAUCUUCUUCUACACGUUCACAAAGUACUGGGUCGGCGCGGCCGGAGGGUUCGCGUUUGGCUGGUUCCUCCUCGCACUGCGCAAGGGCGGUCUCGUUGGCCAAAGCGUUGGUGGCAGGUGGGGCAUUGUGGGCGGCUUGACCGUCAUUGCCUUUCUCCUUACGCUGGUGCCCAAGUGCCAUGAAACCGUCCUACUCAUCAGCAGCGCCUGGAUCGGUGCCACGGCGUUUACGCUUGGCGUCGACUGCUUUACGCGUGCAGGGCUGAAAGAGUUUUACAUCUACAACCUCGGAUACGGGACCAUCUUCCCCAGCCUCAAUGGCGGCAAGUUUCCGCUCACGCAAAACAUGCAAGUCGAGCUGGGUGUUGUCGCUGCUGCUGCCAUUAUCGCCGCCGCCAUCCAGUUCAAGAUCCUCGAGCACCUCAAGAAGCGCCGCCGGCACAUCAAGGAGGAGGAAGAGGCCCGUAUCGAGGCCGAGCAAAUCGACAAGGCGGCUGAAAACUUUAAGAACGUCGACGCCGAGCUCGCAGAGUGGGAGGGCAAGCAUGGCGAAAGCAGCCCCGGUGUCCUUUCCCGCGGACUCAUUCCUUCUUCCACUUACACACUGGUGGGCAGUGGAAGUGGCGGCAGCGGCCACAAAGAGAUGCUCGCGUCGGGCGAGUCACCGCCCCGCAACUCUCAACUUGUCGAGCCUCGCCGUCUGUCGCUUCUCGAGGAGAUGGGCUAUGCCGACGAAAAGAACACCUCCGCCAGCCCCUCGACUCCGGCCACACCAGUGGACCCCGAGUUGGAACAAAAGCUCAUGCUCCUUGCCGAAGUCCGUCGCGCUCGCCAGAGCGUCCGCUCGUCCAUGGACGCUCUCAGGUCUUCCGCGACGACUCCCUCUGAAUCCCUCUCGGGGACCGCCGUGCUCGAGCGUACCGCCAGCCCGGCGUCUGGCAUCAUCAUGCACAGCCGCAACAACUCGGCCACUUCCGGCCGCCUCCUCGACCCGUCGUCGGCGUCGCAGCACAUUCGCAGCCCCUCUGGUUCCGGCAGUGUGCUCCUUGACGAACGUCUGCGCCGCGACUCGCUUGGGUCGCGUCAGCUCAUGGCCGCGGACCCUGUCGCACGCACCUCGUCUGCGGGCAGCCGUCCCACUGCCAGCACGGAACCCCUCAUUGACCGCUCGUCCAUGGACCAAAGGCCCCGCUCCGAAUGGGACGAAUACGUCGCCUCGCGCACCAUCACCACUGCUCCCUCUGCCGCUCCCGUUCAGCCCCGAUACUCGGUCGUCUCGGAAAGCGUCCAGCGCGCCAUUGCUCAACGGCACGAACGCUCGACGAGCAUGUAUGCGCGUAACCCCGACGCCUUGACCCCAGGCCACGAGUACGGCCAGCACCUGGCCCGCACGUUCUCGAACGAACCGCAGGUUCCGCUCAGCCCGCCCGCCCGUCGCCGCAGCAGCGCGCACUAUGAGCGCGAGCGCCGCACGUCGCGCUUAAUGACGACGGACGAGCUCGCCGACCGCCACCGCGAGAUGCUCGCGCGCAUGCAGGACCGCGUCUCGGGCCCGUACAAGGAGGAACAGGCGCUCGAGUCGGCCAAGGAGCAGUGGGAGAAGCGCAAGCGCGAGGAGCGCGAGGAACAGCGGCGCCGCGAGGCGGAGCGCGCACCCAAGGCCGAGCGCGGCGACACGGCCGGAGGCGGCGGAGCGAGGGUGUCGACGUCGGACGACCGCGCAAAGCGGACCGAGGACUGGCGCCGCAGCGUCACGUCGCCGCCCAAGACCACGGCGGCGCUCCCGACCACUCCCUCGCGCGGUGGUAGCGGUACCGCAGGUACCACCGCCGCCGGCGAGCGUGACCGCGACCGCGACCGCCGUGCGUCCAUGGCGGAGGAACGCCGUCGUACCAGCACGUACGCGUCGCCCUCCAAGCCCGCCGCCGCCGCCGUCACCGGCACCCGCCGUUCGUCCGUCAGCAGGCGCCCGAGCAGCGGCUUCAUCGCAUAG